AUGUUGUCCUAUCUUUCCUUUGUCGUUCUGGCACUUACUGUGUCAUGCCUUUCGCUCCUCUCAUUUUUCAUCUAUCUCUUCACACCUCCUCGACACUUCCCGAAGAACAUCCCUACCAUACCAUUUUAUUAUGCUUUAUUGCCGCUGUUCAGAGACACUGAUCAAGCCGAGUCUUAUCGACAAUAUUUGAAGGAGCCUUUGGAGAAAUACGGCGCGGUCAAGAUCUUCUUCGGCGGUCGGUGGAAUAUUCUAGUCCGGAAACCAUCAUACAUCGCCCAGGUCUUCAAAUACGAGGACACAUUCGCCAAAAGUGGCAAUCAAGUCAAGAUUCCAUACAGCCUCCUUGCCGAAUAUACUGGUGAAAACAUCAUCAGUGGACAUGGCGAGAACUGGAAAUUAUAUACUUCGAUCAUCAAGCCGGCGCUGCAAGCUGAGCAAGAUCCCGCGCUUGUAUGGCGCAACUCGAAGCUAUUGAAGGAGAUGUUCAUCUCUGGAUCUAAGAGCACGACCGAUGAUGUGCCCAUAUAUGGUCCACUCCAUCGCUAUGCUCUAGCCAACCUUUCAGAAGUGCUUUAUGGCUCGGACUUCGAGACGCUCCGACGAACCGAUGCACCACUUCAUAUGCUACAGACGAUGAUCAAGCCGAAUAUCUUCAAUCCCAUAUUCCUGAACUUUCCAUUCUUAGAUCACCUGCGUCUUCGAUCCCGCCAACUAGGACGAAAGCUUGUACAAAGAUUCCGCAACACCCUCCGGGCAGAAGUAUCGAAAGGCCAUAACCAUGUUUGCGAUCACAACUCGCAGAACCUUGGCUGUCGCCUUCUUGGUGCGCAUCGUCAAGGCCUGAUCGACGAGAAGCAGCUCAACGACAACCUUGUCAGCACUUUUCUCGCCGGACACGAAAACCCACAAUUGGCACUCAUGUCGCUCAUGUAUCUGCUCGGCGCCAAUCCUCAAGUGCAAGAGAAGGUCCGCGAAGAAGUCAAUACUUUACUCUCCGAUAGUACUGAUGGAGACAAAAAGCCUAGCUAUGGCUCCAUUCAUGACCUCCCCUACCUUACCUCGGUCAUCUAUGAGUCGCUUCGGAUGUUCCCUCCCAUCUCCCAACUUAUCAACCGUCGCACAAACGCCCCGGUGAUGCUCGGUUCAUCAAUCGCCAUCCCCGAAGGUACCUACCUCGGCUACAAUGCAUACUCCACAAACCGGGACACUGAGUUCUGGGGCCCUGACGCCGACGAGUUCCGCCCAAGUCGAUGGGGCAGCACGAUGGAGGAAAUCAACCAGCUGUACCGCAGAGCGAAUGCAAAGGGUGCGUUCAUCAGCUUCCAUGGCGGUCGUAGGACCUGCCUUGGGCAGAAGUUCGCCAUGUUGGAAUUGAGGAUCACUAUGGUUGAACUGUUGAAGGGCUUGAAGUGGCGGGUCAGCGAGAGCUGGGAUGGAAAGAUGACACCAGCUGGUCCGUUGUAUCCUCGGAAUCUGAAGCUGAAAUUCGAGACUACCGGGUGUGAUGGUCAUGUAAAGGCUUAG